ACUUACACUUGAAUUACGCCAAGAAUUACACUUCAGCAAUGGCUUCGAAACAAGCAAACCGACAAGCAAUCACUCUCAAAGGCUCUACCACUCUAGUCACAGAGUUCUUCAAAUACGCAGUCAAUACCAUCCUCUUUCAACGCGAGGUAUACCCGUCGGACGACUUCCAUAUGGUCAAGAAAUAUGGACAGACUGUCUUGGUCACCCAAGAUCUCGCGCUGGAAAACUAUUUAGAUAGGAUUUUGAAACAAGUCCAGAAGUGGCUCCUCACAGGCUCUGUCACACAACUCGUGCUUGCCAUCAUCUCAAAGGAUGGGCGGAUACCGCUUGAACGAUGGGUGUUUGAUAUCAAGUUGGUAGAGCCACCAGCAGAUUCCUCAGAACCACAAGUGCCCAAGCCUGAGGCUGAAAUUCAAUCUGAAAUACGCGCAAUUCUCAAACAAAUUAUUUCGAUGGUGACAUAUCUUCCUGUCAUUCACGAACCAACAGUCUUCAACAUCCUAGCGUACACAUCGGAUUCUGCAGAUGUGCCUGCCGGAGAAUGGGUGGAUACGGACCCGUUGGCAAUCGAGGCGAGCAAAAGCCAGCAGGUGAAAAUGCGAAGCUUCAGCACGGACGUGCAUCGUAUUGAGGCGAUGGUUGCGUAUAGAUAUGAAGAAUAAAGUGGUGGUGCAUCAAGGAUGUUCAGGGGAUCGUCAUGGUCACAGCGUCAUUGUACUUAGUGAUGAGCGUUGAAACUCAGCCCACGAUUGCCGGUUCCAUCAACUC